GUUUGCGAUUGCUAGUAAUUCGUUCACCUCCGCAUAUGACGAAUGCAACGAACCGCUUUUGGAUAAAGCUCAGUUGAGAGCGACGUCCCAACUUCCUGAAAGGGGUCCAUAUAAUGCCAGACUCAACGGUAGUGUGUCAUGUACCAAUUCCUAGAUGUUUCAAGCAUUGUUAAAUCGUAUUUGAAACGCCUGCUGAGUGUUACAUGGGCAUUGAUCUCAUAAACACCCACACGCCUACUCAAAUUAAGAGAACUUCAGAUCUGGAUUAGGUGGAUGCUAAAGAGUAGCCUGGUUUUUUACAGACAAGAUCUUUUAAAAGUUUUAAGAAAAAGGAGGAAAUAAGAAUUCAUGGAAUAUUAGUAUAUUAAGAGACCAACGUAUGAAAUUAGUGGAUAAAAUUAAUUUUAUAAAAAUGUUUGAGAGUAUUCGCUGGGCAUUUAAUUGGAAAGAAUGGAAUCCAAGCGAAAAGGACAUUGCUCGCGCAAUUUCUUGCGUACAGUUAGACGAGAAAGAGAGAUUAGACAGAUUCGUGUUUCGUAAAGAUGUUAGGUCGUCCCUUGUAGGUCGAUUAAUGAUGAGGAAAUACGUUAACGAUUACGGUCAUAUUCCAUAUAACGAAAUAGUAUUUGCAAGAGAUACGCAUAAUAAACCAAUUGUGAGGAAUGCUUCUUUAAAUUUAAGGUUUAACGUAUCUCACCAAGGUAAUUAUACAGUUUUAGCAGGUGAAACGAGAGACGUAAAGUUAGGUGUAGAUGUAAUGAAGCUAGAAUAUACUGGUGGUAAACAGUUAAGCGAGUUCUUUCGCAUAAUGGGUAGAAUUUGUUCGAGCUCCGAAUGGGAUGAAAUAAAAAACACAUCCUUAAAUGACUCGGAACAAAUUCAUAUGUUCUGUAGGCAUUGGGCAUUAAAGGAGAGUUACGGGAAAGCUACAGGUAAAGGGAUUACGAUCGAUCUUGGAUCGCUUAACUUUAGAACAAACUCGAAACUCGUUGAUAAUUCUGUUAUCACCGAUACAGUUUUAUAUAUUCACGACGUAAAGCAAGACUGGUUGUUCGAAGAAACGUUAUUAGACUCGGAACAUUGCGUUGCUGUAGCGUUGCAAGAAAAUGGAACAGCACCUCCAUCGCGACAUACUUGUUUCGAGAUAUUAAGUAGCGAUAGACUCUUUGCAAAUACUAUUCCGCUGUUUCCACAGGACUCUGAAUUUGCAAAAAAGUAUUUGAAAAAAGUAGAAUGUCCAUGACUUCGAAACAUUCGUAUUUUGUAUAUUAUUAUAGUUUUUGUAAUAAGGAUGUACAGAUGUCACGAAUUCUAUAUGAAUUUAGUCAGUGAGUGUAAUAAAUUAAUGAGAAGUA